AUGUCUGCUUUUUUGUUUUGUAUUAAGUCAGUCAUUUCGUAUGCACUAUAGCAAUUAAAAACAGGUGUAUAAAAACACCCGAGUGUUUACUAUGCUAUUAGUAUACUAACAAAUUCUCCCUUGCAGCUUCAGACUGGUAUCUAUAGAAUUACAGUUCAAAUACAGCACCUGAGUAAACCAAGUAGUUCUUCUAUGCAUAGCUCACCUUCUAAACCCAGUGGGGCAUGAAGGGGAGGUAGGUGGUUCAGUGUGUGGAAGCUGCAAGCAAGUAGCCCCUUUAUUCAUUGAUUCUUUUUCUCAAAUAAUGGAGUUCAAAUCAGUAUGUACGUAUUUGAUUUUUUUCCCCUAACACUUCAAUUAAGCUGCUGUUUUCUUCCAUGAAAUAUUGCAUACUCGAUUGUGUAUAGAAGCUGGUGAGAGUGCCCUCCUACAUAAGCAGUUGCAGUGUUUUUGCAUGCAAAAUUUAAAGAAUUUAAAUUGUCCUGAUUCUAUUUUGUAAAUGGAGAAACAAUCAUAUCUUUCUAAGCAGUAACAGAGGAAGACUAAUGCUUUGUGCAUUUUGAUAUAUUUGAGUUCAUUUUUUCCACAAUGUAAUACUUUUGACACAAUUGGGUUUCUCAUAUUAUCCUAGUUCAUGUACAUCAGAAUGCUAACUAAUACUGUGUUUAAGUUUUGUGUUGCAAGAACAAAUGGAAUAAACUUGAAUUGUGCUACAGCUAA